AUGGAAUUUCUUGUUGAGCCUGUGAUCUCUGAACUCUUUAACGGGUUGAUUAAGAUUUUGGGGUCCAAUGAGGUGCGGGACUUUGCCCGGCAACUUUUUGGAGGGGUAGAUUCAGACCUAAAAAAUCUGGAAAAUAAGUUGAGGAAGAUGGGAAAUCUUCUUCGCAAUACGGAAGACAAGCAACUGACAGAUGAAAGCGUUAAAGAGUGGCUUGAAAAUAAUCAAGACUUGGCUUAUGAUACGGAAGAUAUACUGGAUGAGUUUGCCUACGAAGCUGUGCGACGCAAACAAGGCAGAACACUAGCCGAGCAGUUGCAAGGGAUUGAGCUGCCUCCCAGCCCCAAGUUCAAUGUCCGCAUGGGGUCUGAGAUCAAAGACAUCACUAGCCGCUUGGAACAACUUCGGCUGGAAAGAUCAGAUGAACGUGGAUUGCAAGAGCUUUCUGAAGGGUCAUCAAGUAAUGCUGCAGUACUGCUAAGACCAAAGGAAAGUUCAAGCGUCCCACCUAAAAAAGUUGUUUAUGGAGGAGAUAAAGAUGAAGCCAAACUACUUGAUAUGGUGAUCAGAAGCGAUCAACCACUGAUGCUUACUUUCGAGUGA